AGAAAACGGUUUUAAUUAGGUGUCAUUUCGAAAUUAAUUCAUUUGAGCUCAGAUGCCCUCCACAAGCUGACUGUUGUGUAAUGUCUAAAUUGGUAAGGCCAUGGAAUCUUGCAGGGUUCCCUAUCAUAACCUUGGAAAAUAUCAGAAAGAAGAUUAAUAAAAUGGUGAACAACUAUUACAAGUUAAAAAAGAAUAGCAAAAGGAACAGCCCAAUAGAUACGAAAAGGAAUGAGGCAUUUUUUGAAGAAACGUUAAAAUGCUUUUGGAUUAGUAAAAAAAAAGAAGAACUAAUUGAAGAUAUUAUUAAAGACAGGAGAAGGGCAUCCGAAGCCAAAAAUGAAGAUAUUGUGUUUAUCUUAGACCAAAUUGGAAAUAGAAUAGGAAGAAUAGGAACAAAUGAUAAAAGGUUUACGUACACUAUUAAGAGAUCCCACAAAAAAUUGUGUUCCAUGUUAAACAUGGAGAUUAAAGUAAACAAUGGUAACAAUCUAUACAGUUUAGAAAACUCUUCAAGUAGUGAUAAUAAUUCUGACUGUGAAUAUGUAGCAGAUAUAAAAAAAGAACAAUCUACCUCUGUUGUUUUGUUACCAAAAAAUAUUUUAAAAAAAACAGCUCUCACAGCAAUAGGUGAAGGACUUUCAGUUAGACAACACACUGCAAUAGUGGCAAGUGUUAUUGCUAAUUCAGGAGGUGAUGUUACUAAUUUUGCAAUAUCUUCUUCAACCGCAUUUAGAGUUGCAGAAGAAGUUGUAACUAAAGAGGGAGAAAAGAUUAAAAAGCACGUUACUGAUCUUGUUAAAUCUUCAUCAUUACCAAUUAUUCUCCAUUUUGAUGGAAAAAUAGUUAAGGAGUUCACAAGCGGAAUAGAACAUCAACUUGACAGACUUGCUGUUUCCAUCAGGAUAGAUGGACAGAGUGAGCUUCUUGGGGUUCCUCAUUUGAGCUCUAGUACUGGAGAAACACAGAAGAAUACAAUCAUAAAACUUCUUCAUCAAUUUGAUAUUUUUGAUAAAUUACAACGAUGCGUUUUUGAUACAACUUCUGUAAAUACUGGUAAUAAAAAGGGUGUGUGCAUUAGAUUAGCUGCAGAGCUUGAUAGACCACUACUUCUCCUAGCAUGUAGGCAUCACAUCUAUGAAAGACAUAUUAUUCACUGCUGGAACAUUUAUCCAAGCAGUAAAAUAAAUGGUCCAGAAAAUCCAUUGUUUAAGAAGCUUAAAGAUGUAUGGAACUCAAUUGAUCAAAAUUCCAUUGUGUUAAACAAAGUAAAAAUUGAAGAUAUUUCUGAUAGCUGGCUGCAGGUACAGUUCAAAGAAGCCUUAUCUUUUUCUCAAAAUAUUAUCAGAAUGAAAACAAUGAAAAAGGAUGGAUGUAGGUCUGAUUAUCUAGAGUUAGUGGAAUUGACAACAAUGGUUUUAUCUGGUGAUGAACAGUACAGGCUAAGAAAACCUGGGCCUGUACACCAUGCCAGAUUUAUGGCAAAGGGAAUAUACUUUCUGAAAAUGUAUCUCCUUCUAAACAACAUUUCUAGCUUGACAGAUUUUGAGAAGAAAGAAAUAAAUGAUAUGGCAUUCUUCACAGCUGUAUUUUACACUGAGCGGUUUAUAAAGGCUGAAAUUCCGGCUGUCGCUCCAUAUCAGGAUAUGAAAGCUCUUUGGCAGAUAAUGAGAUACUCAAAAAUCAAUCCUGUCCAGGCAAAACCUGUUAUAGAGUCUCUAAAGAGACACACCUGGUACAUAGACCCAAAUAUUUUAGUUAUGUCUCUUGUUGACAAAAAUGUACAAGAACGGAGUGACAUUGCCAAGAAGUUGUGCUCAACCCCAAGACCUACAACUUAUGCCAUAGAAAGACAUCAAGUUAAUUUAAAUAUACUGAACUCCCUUAUGUUUAAUGAUGAUACUCCCCCAAGUUUGACCCCGCUUAUAACUGACCAGAGUUGGUUAAUUUUUCAUAUCUUAAACCAUGCAAAUGCUGAAGUACAGUGGCUUAAGACUCCAUCUGAGACACGGGAUCUAAAUGACUAUUACUUAGAAUUCAAACAAUUUGUGAAUAAUCUUGAAGUAGUAAAUGACUGUAGUGAGAGGGCUAUAAAACUAGUUCAGGAGUUGAUCAAUAAAUCGCAUAAUGAGGAUAAAAGACAAAGUACCUUCCUCGUAUCAAACAAAUAUAAGAGUGAAAGAACAAUUAAAAAAAACGUGAUUAUGUAAAGAAUUCUUUGUUUACAAAAUAAAUUUAUAAACAUGAACUAUGUUUGACAACUAAUUUCUUCAGAAACUAAUCAUAAAUAUGAUUUUAUUAUGUAAAUAUAAAUAUUUUAAUAC